AUGCGUCAAACCAAAAAAAAGAAACAGCGUAGAGCGGUGCAAAAGUCGCUCACUGCAACCGCAAUCCUGUUACAUUCAACUGCCAUAUCCUCUUAUAGCAGCCAAGCUCGUCCUGCAGGUCUCACGUUUAGCUGUGGGGUGAAUAGUAGAAGCUGUAGCAGCAAUAGCCGAAGCAGUUCCACCCGAAGUCCAGUCACAUCUCUACCAGUAAUGGGUCUGGAUCAGGGUAUAACGAUUGACGGAAAAUCAUCUCUGGUCACAUUUCCUGUGAUGGAACAAGCAGCUGCAGUUACAGUCAAUGUUACACAUGAAAGCUGCGACAGCGAACGAUCUACUCCGAAGGAUGUCAAAAAUGGAUUACAGCGUCCAUCGAGCAAUUCACAUACAAUAACUACUGCAGACUCUAAUAUCACUUUGUGGCAAUUUCUUCUAGAGUUGUUACUCAAAGGAGAACAUGCAGAUUUGAUACAAUGGACAAAUCAACAAGGGGAAUUUAAGCUACUGGAUGCAGAAGCCGUUGCUCGACUGUGGGGACAACGAAAAGGCAAACCACACAUGAAUUACGAUAAGUUAUCGCGUGCACUGAGAUAUUACUACGAUAAGAAUAUCAUCAAAAAGGUAAUUGGGCAGAAGUUUGUGUAUCGAUUCGUAACGUUUCCAGAAGGAUGUACUCCAGAUGGUUUACAGUGCGCAAUCGCACGAGAUGUUGAUAAUGUACUAACAGACUGCCCUACUGCAGAUUUAGCCGAAUGCCAUGGGAUGACACGAAGCAGUAGUACGCCAAAGGUUGCUGCUCCAUCUUCAGCGAUUACAACUUCCAAUGCUAAUGAUACUCAAACUAUUUGUAAUCCUAAUAUGCAUGCGUCACCUUCCACUAGUACCAAAAAUAUAGAGAAUAACGGAGGAUUGGAUGGUGCUACAGUCAGCGUAUUUACUCCUGUGAAUGCUGGAAAUUCAUGUUUGAAGGUCAUGAACUCCACAACAGCAACAGCAGUCGAUUAUCAGGCUAUACCUUCUACUAGUAAUCAGUGUUCAUUGAGCGGCACAUCAGGACACUGUUCGCCACAAAACUCGUUCCAGAAUACUAAUAAUAGUGAUAUUGGAUUAAUAUGUAGGAAGCGCAAGACUCCGAUGUUCACUUGUAGCACUCCUGAAACAGUCACCACAAUAACACCUUCAUCUUCGACAGUUACAUCUUCCACUGUCCCUCUAGCUAAAUCGCUAUCAUAUCCAUCGAAUCCUUCGGCAACGAUAACAGAGAGUCGAAAUGGAACUCAGAUACCUUCUUUGAAGCGAGUUAAACCACGUCCCCUAAAUCUUACUGCUACAGCCGCAUUUUCAAAUGGAUCAGAUCUUUCAUCUUGUACGUCGUCCAACAGCAACCUGCUGGCACCUUCACCUUUCUUUCUUCACAACAAUACAGGUAAUGCGUACACAAACACGUCACCAUUAGUGACACAAUUCAGCCAGCUUUACGCAGCUGCUUCACUUUCUGCUGGUUUAUGUCCUACGAGUCCUUUCGCAUCGUUACUUACAACGGCUGCGGUAAGUCCGAUGCUAGGAGCCAUAGGAUCACCUAUGGCUGCAGCUGCGACAUCAAAAUUGACUCCAACAGCUGCUGGCUUGCAGCAACCGAUCUUUCAAUUUCCACCAAAUCCCUCACACAUGGCCGCGAUGGCUACUGCAGCUAUGAUGUCUCCGUUGAUGCCUUUCCUGGGUGCUGCUAUGAACUUGAAUGGUAAUACUUGUCCCGCCUACGGCCGCAACAGUUUCGUUAGUCGAAGUCCGGAAAGCUUAAAAACACCCGUCGUGCCGUUUCCCAAGGAUUUCUAA